UCUAAAUAUUGUCAGCAUGGCACUCACUCUGCUUCUCUUUAUGCUCCUUGAGGUUGUCAUAAUCGGCACAGCAGCUAAGAUUAUUACGGUGACAUGGACAACAGAUGUAGAAUUUUCCUGCUCCACAUCAGAGCUUCCAGUGACCUGGCAAUGGGUUCCCCAAAGCCCAAAAUGUGCUGAUAUUAAGGGACCUGAGGUGACUAUUUACUCCUCCUUUAUGAAUGGGACACAUAGAGUGGACUCACAGAGGUUUAGGAAUCGUCUACAGGCCAGAUGGAAUCCAGAAGACAGGAACUAUUCCCUCUUCCUGAGAGAUGCAGCUAUGAGUGAUUCUGGAAGGUUCAUCUGUAAAGAUGCACAUGGACCAAAGGAGAUUCAUGAACUUUUUGUGGUUGCAGGAUGUGAAAAACGUGUUUUUGAGGCAAAAUACAAUGAGAAAAAGCCAAGUGUUGGAGGCAAAAUUAUACUGCACUGCUCACCUUGUACUCCUAAAAAUAACUUUGAUGUCUUUGACUGGAGCUUCAAUGGUUCACUUAUCUAUCCUUCUAAUGAAGUCAUCAUAGGAAGAGCUAAUUUGACUAUUCUUAAAUUAUCUGAAGAUCAUGAAGGCAAAUGGCGUUGUCAAAAAAGGUAUAAUGUGUCACAUUACAAAGAUUACUGUUUGCACUUAGAGAGAGGAUUUGCAAGACAACAAAAUUCAUUAAUUCCAUCAACGCCCCCAGAUACCAGCAAGCAGUGGAGUUUAAAUAUGCUGUUCUUGCUUAUAUUUGGAGUCUCCAGUGGAAUUAAAAUUGUGAUUUUGCUGCUAUUCCAUGGAAUAAUAUACUACUUGGCUCAUCAGAAGUAAUUAACAGUCCUAUAGGUCAACUAUUGAAUGAUAUUUAAGAGCCAUAUCCUAAAACAGACUUGUGAGACUGGUCAAGAUAGUUCCAGGUCCACGUCAGGGCCACACUGCAGAUGGGACACUAGCUGACUAAACAAUGCAUGCACUCAGAAACAGUUUGAAAAACUGGGGACCAAUCUUAGCUAACAUUAUCCUCAAACAUUUCACAUCUCUGAAUCCUACAUUAGGAUUUUAUCUUGAGGAACGUCACUCAGAUAUUUUGGUUAUACAUUUAGACAGAACAACUUUUAUUUACUGAUUCUAGAACAUAUGUAAGAGUAAUUUUUCAUAUUCAUAUAAUUUAUUGCUGUUUAUAUUCAAUACAUUAUUUCAAAAUAUAGCAGAUACCUCUAAAAUAAUUCAUCCUCCUUUUGUGCGGCUUCUAAAGGUCAGAAAGAAGAAGAAGAAUGAUGCCUUUUACCUGUGGAUUUUGGAAGAAAGCUAUCCCUAAACCCAUAAUAAUGCUGAAAGGCCUAACUUAAAGCAACUCAAGAUGCAUUUUAUUAUAAAAUAAGUACAUUAGGGAGGAGUUAGCUUGUUGAAUAAUAGAAAAUACAUAAUAAACAGAAAAUAGCAAAUUCCAAUAUCAUUGCCGGCCUUCUUUUGCAGGAUAGUACCCUGUCCAUCUAGCCACCUCAACACUAUAGAAGCGCUGCACUCUCUCACACACCUCCUGCACUCCUUUCUCUGAUACUCUGGCCUCUCUUCCACCUACCAGUAGUACUUUUGUCUCUAUUCACCUCCUAGGCCAAUCUAAUGGAAAGAUGCUUUGUAUCCCCAGUCAGGGAUCAUUUCUGGGGUGAAUCCCUCUCCAGUCAAUUGCACUGCGCCAUGAUCUUGUAAGUAACCUUGCACAAAGGUCUUAGCUAAACACACAAUAGAAAUAAUGAUGUGUAACAGGGGGCCCUUGGAGUAAUCACUUCUAGGUCCUUCAUCCAUCCAUCCAUCCAUCCAUUAUCCAACCCGCUAUAUCCUAACUACAAGGUCACGGGGGUCUGCUGGAGCCAAUCCCAGCCAACACAGGGCGCAAGGUAGGAAACAAACCCCAGGCAGGGCGUCACUAAGUCAUUCAGUCUAAAUCUAUUCUAUGCCAACUGCUAGCAUUAGAUUUCUGAAAUAGUAUUAUGCAAAACCUAGUGGAGUUUCAUCUUAAUUGAAUAUUAUGGGGAUUUGACAGAGAUAGAUUCUAAAUUUGAGUUUUGUACUUGAGUUUCAUGCAUCUUAACAAAGUUUAUAAAUUGUUUACAUUUUCUGUGAUACCAUUUUGUCUUUCUUUUGGGCCCUGCUAUUUCAUGAAUCCCUUUGCUAUGAUGCACGCUCUGGCUGCCAUGGUUGUGUUCAUAGAGGUCAUGGCCCUGACCUUAUUAAGUCAAGAGAUUAAAGGUCGUCUUGGUUAGCCAUAUUUUAUUCAAGUUUGAUGGAUAAACCCUUGAAUCUCUUUCCAAAGACUCAUUUUGAUUAUUCCUGGUUAACAAAUCCUUGCUUCAGACUCAAAAUGUUUGAUCAUGUUUUUUUCUGUUGAAAGAUCUCUUCCUGGUUUUUGACUUUUGUUUCUCUCUCUCUGACUUUGAUUCCUGGGUUUAGUUUUGAGUAUAAUUAAAGGAUUAUUUUGACCUACCAUUGUUAUGUCAGCAAACUGAGAAAGGUCAUUUUCGAGAGAAACCAGGAGAGGCAAGAUCUGGUAGUAAAGGAUCAGAACCAGGAGAACAGCAAGAAAACCUGAGUGUGUGACAAAAUUGAGAUCCUAAAUAAAGUAAGAGGUCUGUACCAAAAAAACAAUAAUUGAAAAAUAAUUUUAUCAAAGGAUUAGGAAGAGGUUUUGAAUCUGAAGAUCAGAUGAGGAAGUGCACCUGCAGCCAACCUUUUAACUCGUCAUGCCGAUCACCAACAGGUCACAAACCCUGAGGCCGUGCCCCUGAAAUCAAAGGACAUGCAUGGAUCUAACAACAGGUUAUGAAAACAGAGGUGAUUGUUGAGAAUUCAAAAUGAGGGACAAAUUUAUCCAAAAAAAUGUAUAACACUUCCAAAAUAUUAGGAGAAUAAACACAAUUGAAUUAUCUGGCUCAGAAAACACCUCACUAAGUCAAAGAUCAAACAGAACUAUGCAUAAAAACUCAUAAACAAUGACUGCAAGACCAACAUCUUAACACCAAUUAUCAAAAUAAGUACAAAUCUUGUUUCAUCAUUCUCUUUUAAAUUACUACGAUAGUUCAGCAGUAGUCUAUGUAACUUACUGGUAUGGCUGCUUAUCCUCCUCUUGUUUGAAUCCAUCCAUUUUCCAACCCGUUGAAUCCAAACACAAGGUCAUAGGGGUCUGCUGGAGCCAAUCCUAGCCAACA